AUGAGUAGCCCAAAGCGCAGAAUCGAGACAGAUGUCAUGAAGAUGCUUAUGAGUGACUAUGAAGUAACUCUGUGUAUGUCCCCCAACCCCCGAACAAUUUUCCCAAAUACCAAUUUCAUGACCAGGCAAGAAUUCUAUGUCCGCUUCAAGGGCCCCGAAGAAACACCGUUUACCGGAGGCCAUUGGAAAAUCCACGUCGAGCUGCCCGACCAGUACCCAUACAAAAGCCCGAGCAUCGGAUUCGUCAAUCGGAUCUUCCACCCAAACAUCGAUGAACUAUCGGGCUCCGUCUGUCUCGACGUGAUCAAUCAAACAUGGUCGCCGAUGUACGACAUGCUCAAUAUCUUCGAGGUCUUCCUCCCCCAGCUCCUCCGCUACCCCAACCCCGCGGACCCCCUCAACGGCGAAGCAGCAGCUCUCCUAAUGAGAGAACCGAAGGCAUAUGAAGCCAAAGUGAAGGAAUAUGUUGCCAAAUACGCUAGCAAAGAGGCGGUGGACGAGGCUGGUGAGGACACUGAAUCUGAAGACGAAUUGAGCUCCGCUGGAAGCUAUGAGUCUGGCGGUGAGGAACCGGCGGGGACAAUGGACGACGUCUAA